UCCUGCGAGUUCUCACAGCGUCCUUCGUCGCACCAUCCCUGUGGUCGUCACGCAUCGCGUUUCCGUCGUGUGUUGGCGUGCCACCGAAAUCUGUUGGCCGUUGUUGAAGGUGAUGUCUUCUGCACCCUGUGCGGCAAUGGGCAAUGUCGCCAACGACGACCGUUCGAAGCUGUCAACAACCGAAAGGGUGGCGGUUGCCGCGACCGUUACCGUUGUGCUUAUGCGCUGCCAGAUGGAAGGCAGUGCAGGGAGAUUGAAGGCGCAGCUUCGCACACGGAGGAGGAAGGCGAUGCAGGCACUGCCGGUUGUAGGACUGGACACCGCUGCCAUCUGCAACGCCGUCUUCCAGGUGUGUUGCACCAUGGGUUUUGGCGGUAUGCCUAGAGCCACGCCCAUGUGGUGGGUGAAGAGGAGGACGGGGGGGGCGUGGGAGGAUCUGCAGCCUGCGGAUGACGCCACAGAAGAGUACUUCCGCGAUAAGCUGCGUAUGUCGCCACGUGUCUUCCGCGAGAUAAUGGAAAACUUGUCGCCAUUUCUGCAGCGCAGUGUGACGUUCUACAGGGAGCCGUUUCAGCCAGACCACAUCGUGGCGUACACAUUGUACAGAUGGACGUCCGGGGAGACGUACGAGAGCAGCACGUGCAACGUCGGUAUUGGCAGAGCUACGGGUGUGGUGGCAGUGCGGGACGUCAUUGCGGUGCUGCUGGCGGUGUACAGGGAAAAGGUGUCGUGGCCGACUGGGGUGUGAAAGGCGGUCGUUCUGCGUGCUCUCACUGACAAGGGGUUCCCUAACUGCCACGACUGU